AUCAAAUCGCGGCAGGACCACCAUUAAGUUGCUACGCUCAGUCAACGAAUCAUUUCACCAUCGCGAUCAUGCAAGCACCUCAAGGUGGUCGUUAUGCGCGCGGUCCCGCCAAAGGGAUGCCACCCGGCGGCCAUGCUGGCUAUCCACCAUACCAAGCGCAGAACGCGCAGGUCGUCAUGCAACAGCAGCAGCGCGCCGAAGACGAGCGGAGACAGGCACGAGCGAGGAUGCUAUCGCGCAAGCCUACAGAUCGCGACAUACCAGCCGGUGUGGACGAGAUAACCAUCGGUGGCGCCGUUGAAAGAUACCAAAAGCUACGUGAGCUGGAGCGUAAGCUCGAUGCGACUAUGAUGAGGAAGCGAUUAGACUUGCAGGAUCAGCCGAGGGACGUAAAAAGGCGACGCACAAUGCGCAUAUGGAUUUCCAAUACUGCUGAAAAUCAGCCGUGGCAAGCGACAGGCAUGGACAACGACACGUUUGACUUUGGUGACAAUUCACAAGCAACGUACCGAGUCAAGAUUGAAGGCAGGCUCCUCGACGAGGAGGAUGUUCUCGAUUCAGAUGAUACGCGAGGUCCGGACGCUAUGGAGACGAAUAGCGACAGUGCGGAGAAGAGGCCAAUCCCAGGAGAAAUGACGAGGUUUUCGCAUUUCUUCAAGAAGAUCACUAUCGACUUUGAUCGUCCGCCUUCACUUCAGCCAGACAACAUGGCACAGAUCGAGUGGAUCAAGCCAGAAACGCGCGAAGGUGUGGUGAACACUUCUGACGCAGCCAACUUCGAUUGCCUCCACUUCGAACGGAAAAGCGACGAAAACAUCAAUAUUCGUAUUAACCUAUACCCGGACAAUCAGCCCGAGAUCUACAGGCUAUCCGAUGAGUUGUCGCAGAUAUGCGGUGGCAUCAAGGAGGAUACGAAGGCGAAUAUCACUAUGAGUGUUUGGAAGUACAUCCGAGUCAACAAGCUCGACGGGGGCGAAGAUGCUCGAAAGGCUCGUUGUGAUCCGCUCAUGAAGAACGUCUUUGGCUAUGACACAAUCGAGCUCAACCGAGUUGGUGAUGCUAUAAUCCAGCAUUGCAAGCCGCUUCCCCCCAUCACUCUCGAUUACACAAUCCGCGUAGACAGGGAUUAUAUUAAUGCGACACCGAAGCCAUCUCCUUACACCAUCUACGACGUCUCCGUUCUCCAAAAUGACCCAACGUAUGACCUCGUCAAAGAUCGCAUCUUCCACUCUCCCUCAACAACCGCAACGCUCGAGACGAUUUCCAGGAUCGAUACGCAUCUCGCGCUAGUGAUUCAGGCCAUCGCCCAAUCCAAGGGCAAGCACACUUUCUUUACAAGUAUGGCAGCAGAUCCUGUAAACUUCUUAAAACGCUGGAUUAGCAGUCAGAAACGGGAUCUAGAGGUUAUCCUGGGCGAGGCGACCAGACCUGGAGUACGGUUGCCAGAUGUGUCAGGAGCUGCGGACGACUCGACGAUAGCCUUGAGCGACGAGUGGCGACGAGGCGGGAAAGAGAGUGUCUGGGGCAGUCAGACCGCUAAGGAGAGCGUCGCUCUAUUUCUGGCGAGAGGUGGACGAGACAAAGAUGGACGCUCUGUGUUUGGCAUGCACUAAUUUUCCUUUUGUGCUCAUUACUUCUACCAAUGUAUUGAGCGUGGUGUUUCGAUGGAUAUGUAACGGGCAGGAUGUUAUUUGCGUAUAAGCACAGCAACUGGGGGGAGGCUCUCGGGCAAUUCUUUUAGAGAGAUCAGAUAAACGCUGCAGUGAUUUAAACGUC